AUAGAGCUCUUCAGUCACAUAAAAUCGCAGGUUGUGCCCUUAUGAACAGUUCCUCGAACUGCGCGAGGUGAAUUCAUCACUGGGAGUUUUAACUCGGAGAGGUAGAAUUUCUCACAGAUAAAUCAUGUGUUGUCCGAAACGUUUCAUAGUGGUGGGCCUAGGUUUUCUUGGUCUGCUCGUUUCUAUUGGAUACAGAGCUGUUUUUGCCUUGGUGAUGGUGGAUGUAAUCAAAAAUCAGUCUGUCGGUGGAAAGUGUACAGUGAAUGCAAGCGACCCUACAAGAUACCUUUCCUUGGCCGGGAGGGUAACCGUUCAGUUCUCACAGAAUAUUAACACAGCCUACUUCAUAGGUUCACUGAUUACUCAGGCUCCAGGCGGUUACCUAGCAUUAAGAUUUUCUCCCUCCAGAAUCUGCGGGAUUUCUAUCCUUUUGUCCUCGAUUCUGAUGUUAAUCCUGCCAUUGGCCAUACCUUUCAACAAAUGGCUGACUAUGGCUAUACGAUUUAUGCAAGGAUUUGUGGAGGGCGCAUCAGUACCUGCCCUCAGUGGUGUCAUAGCGGCGUGGGCACCGAGGACCGAGAAGACCAGGAUGAUCACCAUCUCGUACUCCGGAGCGUACCUCAGUCCGACACUGGCUUUCUUGGUAACUGGCUAUGCAUCGUGCUACGUCAGCUGGCACGCGAGUCUCUUCAUAUAUGGCGGAUGUGGGGUGCUGUGGUCUUUAGCGUGGUUCUUUUGCAUAUAUGACUCUCCUGCUGACCACCCUGGAGUCGGAGACCGAGAGAAGUUGCUGUUUAUAGAAGAGGGUCCAGGACACAGAGGAGGCAACAGAUUAAUUGCUUCUGGUAUACCCUGGCAGAGCAUAUUUACAAGUUUGCCAAUGUACGCCAUCAUUGUUGGUAGUUUUUGCCGUAACUGGAUCUUCUCGCUGAUUCUAACAGAACUUCCACAAUAUUUCCAUGAUGUGUUCAACGCAAGCAUAGAUGAUAUUGGGUGGAUGACGGGUGUACCAGAAGUAUUUAUGACGCUUGUUACUGUGACCGGGGGUGUACUUGUGGACAAGACGAUAAAGUCCAGAAAGUGUGGUAUUACUACGACUGUCGGCAGGAAAAUGGCACAGUGUAUUGGGUUUGGAACAGAAGCGAUUUGUUUCUUUGUGUUGGCUACUCUUGGUAAUACGCCAGAAAAUCGGACUACAGCUUUCAUCUUACUUUGUAUUGGAGUGGGCUUCAGUGGGUUUGCUAUAUCAGGUUACCAAGUGAACCCCCUAGAUCUCGCUCCUCAGUACGCCAGUAUCCUGACAGGGCUAUCAAGGUGUGGUGCCUUGGGAGCGAUCCUGAGUACUGCUGUGGCCGCGGUAAUAAGAGGGAAAACAGGGAGCGUGAACAAUUGGCAAACAAUAUUUUGGAUAGCUGGUGGUGUACAUAUGGCUGGAGUUAUAUUUUAUGGAAUAUUUGCACGAGGAACGAGACAAGAUUGGGCUAAAGUGAAAGAGGGUGAGGGGUUAAUCAACCCUGUGGGAAGCGAAAGUGACAUGCAUACCGAAAGUCGUGAACAUAUAUACAGUAAAUCUGCCGAUUAUGGAUCAACGCGCAGGGAAGAGGAGGACUACAGUGAUAACGAUAAAAUAUUUUCACAAUCCGUAGAUAACGGGGCGCUAAGAAGGUCUGAUUAUGAUGAAGGAGAUAAUUGGUUUCUUCUGACUAUUUGAUGUGGUACAUGGAUCAGCAGCGGGUAUUUCUAAAAUUAAAAACGGAAUAGAAACGAAAGUGAGUUUGUUAAUUUCGUUUCUUUUCAAUUUCGUUACUACUUUUUGAAAUAUCCGACUAUUCGUUGUCAAAUCGUAAAGAUAUUUAUUUCGCUUAAUGUCACUGAGACACUGAUUUGAAGAUUCAACAGUCUCACAUAAGCCAAACAUUGUAAAAAAAAAAAGAGCAUAAUACAAACUUUCAAAUUAGCGAUACUGGGCGCCUCUAGGUAUGUUUUGUAUAUGAUUUUUUCCCCUUAGGUGGCCUUCGGAAAUUCGUAUAAACAUCGUCUUCUUUGUUAAGUGAGAUCCACUCUGAUUUUUGUUUACGUUCCGAAAAAGUGUUUGUGAAUAGAUGCCACUCAGCUUAAAUAUAGAUUUUUUCUCUGAAACUUUUUGAAUCACGAAAUUAACAUAGUGGCAUUUAAGUUAAAUACAUGGAUCUCAGGAACUUGAAAUGGUCGUUUGAUACCGGAUGCUAUUGCCGUUCUUACUCUGUAGGAGGCAUCUACGAGCUAUUUCUCCAUAAAUCCUACGGAAAAAGUCUCGUUUGCAGUUGAGAGUGAAGAUAAUGUUCCUGGGGAGGUACGUACACUACCACUUAAGGAGGACAUACAAUGCCGGAUACGUCUUGUCGUAAGUGCAGAUACUUUUUAACAAUGUGAUAUGGCUCUAUUUAGGCGAACACUAGAAAGGAGGAUGAAUACUCUAAGGUUCUUAUGGUGAACCACUGUUCAAAUCUUUAUACUGAAAAAAACCCAUUUAACGAAGAUCUGAAACCUAAGUUAAAAGAGCACUCAGUUAAUAUUCAGGGGAAAAUGGUUUCUAUGAGUGCGAUCAAUCAACAACAAGAAAGUCUCAAUACAAAAAGAUGCAUCCCAAGAAUACUGUACUGAAGGUUCUCUCGGUAUGUUGACAGGAGGACUGGAAGGGGAAUUGACUCUUUAUGGUCCACAAGGAUACUUUAAAUACGGCUGUUUAUCGUGCAGUCCAACUGACACCGAAUGGUUUGACAAGUGGUAAUUUUUGGUCGGAAUAACCCCUGGACAUACAUACGUUUUUUUAUUUGGAGGAUACAUAUAUGCCACGGUGAGGAUUCUAGGAAGUUGCAGGCUUGUUCCAAGUAAAAUAACAAAGGCCCCACCUACCAGAGGAUGCUGCAUGCAGAUGACCCUAUGCAAAUGACCCUAGGCAUCUCAAUUGUGUUUGUCGUGCUGAAUCUUUAAAUGUACUAUCAACAAAAGCAUUCAAGCGAGAUCUACCACUGAACAAAAAGGCUGAUGACUCUGCUAGGUUGAAGGAUCGGGACAUAUGCAUCAAUAUAUCAUUAAGUUCCAUUAAGAGGAACUAGAUGUAGUCUACUCACACUGUCUGUUUAAAGCACCAGUACACAAUAAGGACAACAUUGACAGCGACGAAAAAAACCCAUACCUGUUACCAGAUUCGAGCUCCGGGGUAAAAUUGUCACUUAUUUCAAAAGGAUGAGACUAUCACAUGAUAUGUUGUGAGAAAGAUAUCUUUGAGAUUGGAGAAAUAAUGGGAGGAGAUUUAAAGGAAUUGCUACAAAAGAGGUAUUCGCUGAGUAUAAAGCAUGCAACAGGAACAUUUUCAAAAACGUACGACAAAAACGUGCCACUGGAUGAAUCAUUUUAACCUGUUAUAUUUGACCUUUUUCGCUUAUGAAGCAUUGGUACUAAUAUGAACUUGGUAAUAAAACCAUUGCUUCAAUGUUAUUUUUGGGGGAACAGUCAAAAUUGUUUUCCCGAACCACUAGCGAAACGUAUCAAACAAAAUGCGAUGUGAAAAUAUUCGUUAAUUCAUUAAACGCUUUCUUUGUAGAUUGGAUGGGAAACUUUAACUCCAACUGUAGCGAUGCUUUCAUUUACACCUAAUUGGAAAAUGAAUUAUCAAAACAUUAAAAAAAGAUCAUCGCUGUGUCGUAAUUAAAUGAAUUUGGCUGAAACUUCCAGAAUGUGAGUUACAUCAUACGUAAAAAAAUUAUAUAAUGGACGAGUAGGAAAAUUCAUUAUGAUUAGCAUUGCCUUGUAGUAUCGUUGCAGUAGACAUUACCUUCUUCAGGUUGAACAGACUGGGUAGGAAUAGUCAUGAUAGCCGACAUAGCCUUGUAGUAUCGUAACACUACACAUGUGCAAAUAAUAACUUUCAUUCUGGGCUCCAGGUUAGCCAAUGGGAUGGGGAGGUUGGCCUGAAGAGCGGUGCCAAAAAGUUGUCAUUUACUUAAAUUUCAACAAUAUUCUUAUACGGACCAAAGUAACUUUUAUUACUAGUCAUAUUUACAAUGUUGUUGAUUUUUCGUACACCAUCCUACUGUAGGAAUGUACGAGUGUAUCAUGCAUCUUCUAACAGCAUUAAUAUCCGUCGUUUAAUGUAAUAAACAACCACAUCCAAUUAAGAUUAGGUGUGAGUUUUUUUUUUUUUUUUUUUUUUGUUUUGUUUUUUAAAACCGUGCUAUGGUGGUUGUUCUGUAUAGUACAAUGCUUAUUUUCCCAGUGUAUUGUCUAGUUAACACUUUCAUUUCCCUUUGCAAUAGGUUACCUAUCUAUUUACAUGAUGUGGUUCACUGGAACAUAAUGGCUGUCUAAUCUCUGUUCUUUAAUUGCAAUAUUAUAUCACAGACAUUUGGAAGAAGGACUUUAUAUUUCAAUGUUGUCAGUUCCGCAUAUACUCAUGACAAGUCUGAGAUUAUUCUGGAUGUCAAUCAAAAUAAGUUUCAUAUGUUUUGAGGACAAUUCAGAUAUAAGUUAGGGUAUUUUGAAACUUUAAUAAUCUUAUUGGAAAGUCCAUGUUUCUUUUUACAAUGCUGUGGCUAUUUUCUGUUCAUACAGUAAUUAGUCGAUAUAUAUACACUAUUCAAACCGAGAUAUUCAAAUAAGGUAUUGAUAAUGCAUUUUAAGAUGCUGAUUCUUAUAUUGAUGUUAAUUGUUUGUGGUAUUACACAGCUGUGAUUUUUAUUUCAUAUAAUAAUUUAUGUAAUUAUGUCAUUCAUAACGAAUUGCCUUCCUUUAAUAUAGGAUAUGAAUAUUCAUGUAUCUUGACUUUGUGUACUGUAUAUGUGCAUUCAUUUUGAUGCAAUAAUUGUUAAACCUAGAAUGCCGUUUUCGAUAACUAGAUUCUCUUGAUAUAUCACGUUUGUCCAUUAAUAGCAGACAGAUCGAGAGUAAAGUUUUAUAAUAAUUUAUAUAUCAUUGUUUUAUGGUCAUCAAAUGGAAAAAUAAAAAACGGCUGUUUCAGUCGAGUAAACAAGACUGUU